AUGGUUUUCUAUCCGGUGCCCUGGCUGUCGGUGAACCUCUGUGCAAGGAGGGAGAAUGAAGGGGGACUUUCGACUAUCGUACCAUUAACAAUUUUAUAUAGAUUAGUUAAGAAUGAUGAGAGGUGGGCUGUGGUGGGCGUCAGCAUGUUUCAGAUGUGUUUUUCAGUAUCCGGUCGAAUUCAUUCCAUCGAUGCGUGUCAGAUGAUGGUCGGUGCAAUGGAGGUGAACGAUAAAAUCCAUCAGAGAAGAAAGCAAGUUAGACUAGGCAGUUCACUCACUACCCUGCAACAACAUGAUCAAGUGCCUUACCCAUAA